GAUUUCAGUUGGGAACGUCGCUUGGUCAGUCGAGUUUGUGAUUUGACGUCUGUCUGUCUUGGCAAAAAAAGAGGAAAUUUUCUCAGUGCAUUUAUCCGUGUCGCGAGCACAAUAAUCCAUUCGAUAAAUUCGUAAUCCCUGACUGUGCAGAAUGGAUGACGAGUUGGAGGACAGGGUGUUGUAUCAGACUUACGCUUCUUACAUGAAAUUCCUUUCAAAGUUUGCUCUGGGAGUCCCAACGCUCAACUCCUCCGUCGCCUACAUGUGGAAACUCCGUCUGUACCUUAUGAAGCCCGAAGUGAUCAUCUGUGGCCUCCUGCUGGUCCUGCUGAUUGUCUACCUUCAGGCUGUGGAGAUGUGGAGCAAGGAUUUCAUGGGGAAAAUCCAGAAAUCCCUUGGCUACUCCACCAAAGCCUCCAAAUUGCAGCUCCUGUCGACUUAUUCGGAGAAACUUAGCUGGGAAAUCAAGAAGGAUGCCAGUGCCUGCUUUGCCAUCCAAGGCAGGAGACCCAGGAUGGAAGACAGAUUUAUCGUCGAGGAGAACGUCAACAGUGACACGGGAAUUGCCCUUUUUGCCAUUUUUGAUGGGCAUGCUGGGGAUUUUGCUGCUGAUUAUGCCAAAGAUGUCCUCAUGAAGAGUGUCACUAGUAAAAUUCUCGAUGCUCACAACAUCAUCAAUGGCAAAGUGGCCGAAACGCCUCCGGAGAAGAAGCCGAAGCCCGAGGAGAGUGAAGAGAACAAGGAGAAUAUUGCUGUGGAUAAGAAUUCUGUCACACAGCGACGUUCCAGUUUCCGGAAGUCGUAUUCGUCCUUCACGGAAGAGUGCCUGCAGAAGGGAAAUUGCAAUCAGGCUGCCCAGGAGCCUGAUAUUUACAAUCUCAAUGCUCUCUGCAGGCCACUCAAUAAAGAAGCCUUUCUCAAUCAGAAUAGUCCCAGUCAGAAGACCGAAAAGCCUCAAGUGCUCGACACCAAAUGCUACAUCGACAGCGGCAAGAUCAACUAUGGCAAAUUGCUCACUGAUGAGGUUCUGGCUGCUGAUCACGAACUUGUGGAGUCAGCAAAGAAAAUUAAAAAUUUUGCUGGUACAACAGCCCUUAUAGCUGUUCUCGAUGGCACGAAAUUGGUGGUGGCGAAUGUUGGAGAUUCUCGUGGUGUCAUGUGUGACUCCAAGGGGAAUGCAAUUCCUCUGUCUUUUGACCACAAGCCGCAGCAGGUGCGAGAGAAGAAGAGAAUCCAGGAAGCUGGAGGAUUUGUGGCCUUCAAUGGGGUUUGGAGAGUUGCUGGAAUUCUUGCAACUUCCCGUGCCAUGGGUGACUAUCCGCUGAAGGAUAAGAAAUUGGUCAUUGCAGAUCCGGACAUUUUGACUUUUAACCUGCGAGAUCACAAGCCAAUGUUUAUUAUUUUGGCAUCUGAUGGACUUUGGGAUACGUUCAACAAUGAAGAAGCUGUGGCUUUUAUCAAGGAACGCCUCGAUGAGCCCCAUUUUGGCGCCAAGAGUCUCACAAUGCAGUCGUACUAUCGAGGAUCUGUUGAUAACAUAUCGGUUCUUGUGGUUGUCUUCAAAAAUGGCACUUUUCGCGUAGGUUCCUCUGCGGGAUCUGACUGAAUUUUCAUUGUUGUUGUUUAUUUUUUCUUUUUGGGGCAGCUACCAAACCAGAGAGACUUUUUUUCUGCCCUCCUUCGUACGGCUAAAUAUUUAUUGUCCGUCACAAAAGUCAUUUAUUUUUGUCUGGGAAUCUUCCCAUUUCAAUGUUUUUUUUUACCUCCCAAUAUUUAGGUAGUUAAUAUCUAGAAGAAAAAAAACUUAGAGCACUUGUUUGUUUGCACGUAAAAAUUCUUUAAAAAUUAGUAAAUCACGCGUAAAUUUUGUAGAUUUUGUAUUUGAUCGCGAUGGGUGUUUGAUAUUUUUAAGAAAGGAAAAAAAAAGUGAUUAAGGGAAGGAGCACUUUUUGUGUGUUGAUGAUGGAGCAUAAAAAAAUGAUGAAAGAGAUGAUGGCAGGACUUAUCUCUCUUCGAAUAUUCUUUAUUCUUUUUCUUGGAUAGAUUGAUAUUCCUAUUGAUCGUUUGAAAAGGAUAGGAAAUAUAUUUUUUAGAUCACUGUCCGUCCAAUAUUAAUCACGAUAAUAACUCUCUUUUCUACCGCAGAAAUUUUCUACCACAAAUUUUUUUAUCCUCGCAGUGAAAUUCACCCCAAUUCACAGCAGUUUUUCUUCUCUCUAAAAAAUUGUACGAUAUUUUCCUUUAUCGAUAAUUAGAUACAAUAAUUGUGUAUUUUCUCAACAGUGUGAUUUUUCUACGUGCCAAAAAUGGGCAAAGAAAUCACAAAAUAAAAGGAAUAUUUAAUCACAA